AUGACCCUACAGAUUGUACGCGACUAUCACGAGAUCAACCCCGACUCGACCAGCUGGAUGUUUGCACUCGCAUUUGACCAUAUCCGCGCGCUCGUCUACACGUUCCAGAGCAAGCCCGCCGAAGCACUCCAAGUCAUCCGCGCAUCCGAGACCAUCAAGCCCACCACACAAGGACUCGAGCUCAUCACCCAACAAGCUAUCCUUGCAUUUGCUUACUAUACCCAGGGUGGGCCACUGCGUGCACUCGACGAGAUUGCAUCCAUGACACCGCUGAUUGGAGAGCGUCUCGGUUGCGGUAUUCGUGUAGCCUACUCGCUUGCCAUCAUCACCAAGAUACUCCUAUCGAUUGUCGAGCAUGAAAAGUCAUCCAAAAAGGCACCACUCUACAAUCCACUCAAUUACGACUACUCGCGUGAUGAGAUAUUAUACAACCAUUUUUUGGUCUAUAAUAAUCUCAACCCAAUCUCAUCAACUGAUAUUCCAAAACUAUUCUUGAUCAAGGAUAUUGUAUCUUGUGAUAUCCAAGAGACGAGUGUAGGAGCAGGUGACAAUCCCAAUCCUCUAGCAAAUAGUAGUAAUAGUGUUGGUGGUGGUGGUAAUCCUGCUGCCUCUGCCGCUGCAGCGAUCAACACAUCUAAUCCUCAGAUACAAGUAAAUGGUGUUCAAAUCCCAUUGGAUCCAAAUUAUUCAUCUGGUCAAGGACAGAACCAAAACCUAUCACCACCUUCAUUGAUCAGAUCAAAUAGUACAGUGUCGAAUCACAGCAAUCAAACCAAUGCCAGUCAAAAGAGUACAGCUCCCAAACAACAACUCAGAAAAAGGAUAAACUAUGAAUUGAAUCUAGAAGAGAUUGAAACAUGGAUCAAAAGACUACUAGUCGGUAUAAAGUCGAUGGAAAAGGGAGCACCCUUUGCAACAUUGACUUAUUAUCGUCUCAGUGGUCUAUACAAUCUCAUCUACCCAUCCUCUAGUUCUAGCCACCAAAAAGGUCUAUCACUACUCUACAAGAGUGCAAAGGAAUCCAAACAACAAGGAAUGCCCUUUGAAGAGGCCCAAGCAUGGCAUGAAAUUUCAAGAUUUGAAGAACCAACAAAACAACAAGCUGCUUGGCAAACUGCAACAGAUAUUUAUCAUAGUCUUGAUAUUGAUCCUUUUAUUUUAAUAAAUAAUAAAUCAAUUAAUUAA